AAACGAUUCAGAGGCUUUUCGGUGAUAAUUCGCGGCGUUUGUCGGCUCGGUAGGCGCGUGUCAGAGAGAAGGAAGCGGACGCGCGGGGCUCCCACAUCCGCUUGUGUCCCGUGGCUCCGUGAGGUUUGAUGAAUCCCGUGUUAUUUGCUGCUCUCUUUGUAUUUGGCAGCGCUGUCUGGGGCGACAACAAAGGACGGACGCCUCCUGUAACUCCGCAGGAGGCUCGGGGAGACGCGCUACGGUCGUCCGCGGUCGGGUUUUUUCGUGGCGAGCGUUCAGCGCUCGGUCAAAUCCCGCCGACGUUGUCUGGAGUUCAGAUUGUUUUCGAUGCUUAUCGAUUUUCAGCUGAAUUCCCAUCUGACUACACUGGCCAGUAUCCACAAGAUCCAUCACACCUUACACCGGCUGAAUCUGACCGAGGACGUUGGACAGGACAGCCACCCGUCAGCUUGCUGCUCCAGAGCCAUGCCGCCGAGAAAAAAGAGGAGACCUUCUGCCGGAGACGACCUGUCAGCUAAGAAAAGUCGCCAAGACAGCAUUUUCAGAAAACACGAGACGUCGCAGAUCCGGGAAGAGGAGACGUUUUCCAGUAAAAGAUGUUUGGAGUGGUUCUAUGAGUAUGCAGGUUGUGACGACGUCGUGGGUCCAGAGGGCAUAGAGAAGUUCUGCGAGGACAUUGGAGUAGAGCCAGAGAAUGUGGUGAUGCUGGUUCUGGCUUGGAAGCUGGAUGCUCAGAGUAUGGGGUACUUCACUCUUCAGGAGUGGCUAAGAGGCAUGGGCUCACUGCAGUGCGAUUCCACUGAGAGACUGAGGAAUUCCCUCGACUACCUGAGAUCUGUCCUGAGCGACAGCACCAGUUUUAAGCUCAUCUACAGAUACGCCUUUGAUUUUGCUCGGGAAAAAGAUCAGAGGAGUCUGGACUUGAACACAGCAAAGUGCAUGCUGGGGCUUCUCCUGGGGAAAACAUGGCCCCUGUUUCCCGUGUUUAAUCAGUUUUUAGAGCAAUCCAAGUACAAAGUCAUCAACAAAGACCAGUGGUGCAAUGUUUUAGAGUUCAGCAGGACAAUCAACCUGGACCUUAGUAACUAUGAUGAAGACGGUGCCUGGCCUGUUUUGCUGGAUGAAUUUGUGGAAUGGUACAAGGAAAGACAGAUGUCAUAGCUGCAGAUGAGGGAUCAGAGGGUGAAUGGAAGAAAAAAAAAAAUUUAACUGUGACCACAACUACUCUUGAGCAUAAACAACCAAUAAGCAAAACCCAACAAAAUCGGUAAGGCAGUGACAGUUGGUGCCUCCUGGUUAAAAGACGGGGUUCGGGCUGUGGGUGGGUUGGUGGGGGGUUUUGCUGCCCUCCAACUCCCCGUUUGGAGGAGCGCUGUCCUUGUAGAGUUAUGCUCCCUAUGGAAGUUGCAUUGUGGGUGGACCCCUUGUUCCCGAACCCCACCGAGCGGCGUUGCUGUCUGUCACCGUGACGUCUCAUAUUGUUGUCUGUGUUGGGGUAACAUGGUAUCUGUCAGACGCUGACAGUGGAAACAAAAUGGUCAGCGCAGGGAAGAGGGGGGGGCGCCCAUUCAGGCGUUGCGUUCGAGUCUGAACCAGGAUCACUCGGAAACCCCUAGGCACACACACACACAUUAAAAUACCCGUGCAAUGAACUUCGAUCAGAGCUCCUUGGGAAAGGUGGCACUAACUACUUACUGUCUGUGGGUUUGUUUAGUAUAGUAGUUCUCCUAAAAGCACACUGUGUCAAAGGGUUGACUGCAGGUUUCUCAUGCCUGCACUGUUUACUAUCAGAAAAAGCCAGUUUGUUCUUCCCCUCCAUUUUUUUCUUUCCUCCUCUGUCCCUCCUCCUGUUUUGCUGAUAACGUUCUGCUAGCCCCAUGCAAAGACUUCAGACCUCAUAACACCAAACGAAUCUGCAUUGCUGCUUACUAACUCUUACUACAGUGCAACUGUGAGCCACCAGUGCUCUGCUCUGCAUUCAUUGGUCUACCGAUGGUUUAUGUCUCUACGCUGCGUAGAUAAGAGUAUUACUGUGCCUCAAACAUGGAAAGUCGCAUUGUGUGUCCCGCACAGAUACCAACAAACCCUAACAUUUCUACAUGUGACUCUACGGUGCCUUUCAAAAGUAUUCACACCUCUUACUUUUUUUUUUUCCUCCCUAAAGUUUGUUGCAAACUUCUACACAUUUUGUUGAGAUUCGAUGUAAUGGACCAACACAAAGUAGUGCUUCGUUGUCAAGCGGAAGGAAAAGAAUGCAUACAAAAAAUGAAAAUUAGACCCAUGCAUUUGUAUUCAACCCCCCUGAAUUAGUCCGGCUUACAACUACUUUUCACAGCAAUUAUAGGUGUAAUUUAUUUUGGUCUGUUUUGGUUAUUUAAGUCUGCUAGUUCUGUUAAUUUCAAUGUCCAAUGUCAAGUUUUUUUUUUUGUUUUUUUUGCUAUGUUUUGCUAAUUUAGUAGUUUGCCUAUGAAGUCUAUUUCUGAAAAAUCAUUACCACAGCAUGAUCCUGCCACCACCACAAAUGACAGUGGGCAUGAUGAAGUGGGCAAUAUGCAGUUUUCCGUAACAGGGUUUUUUCCUCUUGGCUAGAAAGUUCAAUUUUGGUCUCAUCUGACCAGAGUUUACUGUAUCUUAUGGUAAAUGCCACUUCUGAUUACUUCUUUAAUGCACUUCCUUUGGCCAUUCAUACCCAACUUGAAGUUUUUUUUUUUUUUCCAAGCAAUUUUAAAUUUGAAUAGAUUAAUUUGAAUACAUCAUGUGCCAGAUGUAUAAAUGUAGGUAUUUAGUAAAUGAGCUAUGGUGACCACUAGAGAACAGCAAAGUGCUUCCAGUGUAGUUUAAUAUGCAAUAGUGGUGCACAUACACCACUUUGUUUUCAUAGUGGUUAAACAUCUUCACGACUUUCUCUGGGGCCUGUCUGCUAUGUUCCUUAGUCUUUAUAAAGAUUUCUGUUUUUUCCAGAGUAAAUAGGACCUGAUCCACCCACACCUCUCAAAUUAGGAUUUAAAACCCCCCCAAAACAAAACUUCAUUUUACUUCCACUUCAAUAUUGUGCACUGCUUUGUGUUGGUUUGUCAUGUAAAAAACAUCCCCAUCAAAAUGCACCAAUGUUUGUGUUCGCAACUUGAAAAAAUGUGGUGGGGGGGGGAUCAGGGGUGCUUAACACUUUUUGGAAGACACUGUACUUUGAUUCAGGACAUGCAGGCAGUGACACACAAGUAGUCAGGUAACCUUUCAGGACGAUUUCAGACUGUUUAGGCUGUGUUACAUAGUGCCAGAUGGUGUCCAUUUUUUUUGUCUUGGUAUUUGGCAUUUGUUCGUCUUCCUCUGUCCACGGAUAGUUUCCGGUCUCCUUUUUAUCGAGUAGCAUUCCUCCCAACGCUGACAGUGUUACUACAGCGGCAGUGGAACACCCGAGACCCUCCGAGGACGCGGCGUCCUUUAGGCUAGCGAGGUAGGUCUGCUCAAAGCGUUUCUUUGUACCACCCGUAGGGCGUACACGAAAAAAAAAAAACAAUGUGGACACUGACCGUUUGAAAGUGUGUGAUGAUGCUAUGCUGUUCUGUUCGCCUAGUGUAAUGUUCUUGUAACACAUGUAUAAAAUCUUUUUUGUCUUUGACUGUGAUGUGAUGCUGCACCGUCAGAAGAUUUACUAUUUGCAUGCAUGCUCCGACAGAGCCUUUUGUGAAUGGAUGAGAUUUUUUGAAAACAUUUUUCAGACAUGUUUUGUUUUGUACAGUUAUUUGUGCAUGUGUUUUGUGUUUAAUUUGACAAACACAGUCAUGUUAGUUUAUUUUUCCUAUGAAAAAAAAAUUAAAUACACACAAUUGUGUCCAUUACGACCUGGAACACACCUGUAACCUCAUGGUGGCUCAGGAGUUCCCUCCUGCAUUUACCCCAUCCCAUGCAUCAUUAUGUAGAGACUAGUAAGACGGCUGCAACCGGUGUGAAGACUCUUAUUUUAUUUUGAAGUUCAUGCAAUAUAUAUUUUUAAUAUAUAUACUUUUUUUUUUUCCUGCAGUUGUCACGAUGCACAUAAAAAUCAGUUGUUAGAUCACACACAUCCGAUUCCGUGGGGGAGCUCCACCAUUAGCAAAAACUGAAUUUAACUGUUUCACUGCUUACCAAAUGCUGUGUAGAGAUAAAUCUUUUAGUAUUCUCCACUGAAAAUGCAGGAGGAUGAACAGCCUUGUCCCAACUGUAAAUAUGUAUGUAAACAAUGAGUGUCUAUAUGUUUGUUUUCACUAUAACCAAUGUCUAUAUACAUAAAUAAAAAGGUUUAUUAACUUAC